UUGAUCUUGUCAGUGUGCGAUUUGUGCAGGUGAUGGUGCUAGUUUUGUGAGCGUCUCUUGUACCUUUUUUGUGCCCAUUAUGGAAUAUCCCUUAGUUACAGUAAUUUUGCUACUCGCCUGCACGCUAACCAGAUCUCUGGCUGACGUGUCGUCCCUUCAAGAUCAAGCGCAAGAGCAGCUGGAUCCUCUUCAAGACCAAGACCAGGACCUAAACACCAACAACCAGGAUAAAAGAACUAUUUGCGCCGCCUUAAACUCCUGCGGUCGCUCCAACGGCGCCUACGUUAAAAGAGUGGUGAUAAAGGGCGGCUUGAAGCCGCAAGCAUUCGGCUAUGCUCCUAUUCGCGUUGGGGUCAAACCCACUUUUCUUGGAGGCUACAGAUACUCCAAACCGAAGAUUCAUUUCAGCCUUAAGGCCCCUUCAGUAGCAGCACAAAGUGGAUGGAAGCCUGUGCAGGCUGCUGUGAAACCAGUGGUGGAACUGAAACCGGGCGUGGAUGUGAUCCACAAUACUCCAGGAGCUUCUCAUGUGGAUCAUGUGGCUCCGACAAAUGUGGGCCAUGUUCACUUGCAACCCCUAAGGCCCAGCUAUGUUCAUUUGAGGCCUGAACAUGUUGAUCAGGUUCAUCAGAUUAAUGUUCCUCAUGGCAAUCACUUCGACAGUUUCACGCACUUGGACCAUGUGGGAGCAGUAGCGCAAUCAGUGAUACCAACAAUAGUGAAGCCCUUCGCCCCCUCGCCUACUCUGUUUGAAGUCACCAGGCCCAACUUGGGAGUUCUGCCCUUGGGAUCUCGAUUUCUCACUCCUGUUUGGAAACAGGCUCCCCACGUGCACCUGGCGCCUGCUCUUCAUGCAGCCCCAGCAGUCCCAGUGGUGCCCCGGCCUGCCCUAAUACCCCAACCGGAAGUAUCUGUCGAGUAUCACGGAACCCGAAAUUACCUGCCCCUACCGGGGGCUGGUCCUCUCUACCAACAAAAUCCCCUAGUAAAUCAAGUGCUGCCUUUCGAGCACGCUGUACAGCCUCUUCCCUUCCAACAUGCUGCCCAUGGGUUUGCCCCUCAACAACCCCUUCCCUUCCAGCAUGCAGCCCAUGGGUUUGCAGUUCCUCAACAGACGCUGCCUCACGACCACCCCACUCAGUUCCUCGCCCCUGAGCAGCAGCUGCCUCAUCCUAGCAGCCCUCAUUUCCAGCAACAGCUUCAGGCCAUUCAACAGUAUCAGGACAUUCCUCAAGGGCAGCUUCCUUUAGAAGGGGAGCCACAGGCGAGCAUUGAUCAAUACAUUCAGAACAAUCAGGAAGCAUUCGCCGCGAACUUUGAUCAGAGCAAUGUGAUUCAGCCGGGCCAGACCGAUGUGCAGAUUCCCUACCAUUUGCCUCAGCAUGGCGGCUGGAACGUGGUGCAACAGGGAGGGCUUCAGCAGGACUCUUCAGGGUUUGGGCAGCAAGUUUUUAGACCAUCGCAACAACUGGAGGCUCCCUACAAGAAGUGACGGGAUGGGGAAGGACUAAUUGAAGCCCAGUCGCAAGUUUUGUGAUUGUUGUUGUUGCUGUUGUUAUUAUUUAUUUUUUACUCAGGUUAAGUUUUAUUGUUAUUCUAGUCAGUUGAAGAUGAAUAUUUUUGAUAAAGUAAAAAUGGCAUUGGAAAACUA